UUAAAUACUUUGAUUUUACAAGUAUGUUGUGGUUAUUAUUUGCAAUUUUGUCUAUGUUAUACCCGAUUUGUGAAUCAAAGGAUUUGAGCUCAGUUUCCCAUUCAUUUUUAAAUGAAGCAAUAAUACGUAAAAUAGUUUCGUCCGUAUUGGAGGAGGAAGGAAUGGAUUAUAGUUCUCUAAUGAAAUAUGUUGGUGAUCUGAAAACAGAAAUAGAAGGACAAAAUGUUAAAAUAAAUGACAUGGAGUCAAUUAUUGCAAGACAAGCAGACGACAUUAACAACCUAAAAGACAGCCUCAAGGAAAUGGAAGGCGAGAAUGAAGGAAACUACGUAAUACAACCGUAUAACAAUUUGACAAACACGGAAAAAGUGGACAAGGCGAAACACAAUCCUGAUUCCUAUCACACGAACAUGAAACAAAGAGAAAACAAACUGUUUAUCAAUCAAAGAAUAAGAACUCACUCGGGGCAAAGUGUUGCAUUUACCGCUUAUUUAGAUCAUCAGAUAAAAGAACUCAACCCAGGAACAACAAUAAAAUGCAAUCAAAUCAUUUCUAAUUAUGGUAAUGGUUAUAACAAAUUUACCGGGAUAUUCACGGCACCUAUUUCUGGGACUUAUUUCACAACAUUUACAAUUCAGGCUGGAGUUAAGAAGACCAACGUGCGACUGCUGAAGGAUGGACAAAACGUUGUCGGCGCUGUUGUGCACGCUGAUCCGUAUUCUGACAGUUACAGGCAAACGAUGGCUUCAAAUAGCGCAGUGAUAAAUCUUACAGCUGGACAAUCACUUUGGCUUGAAACAAUAUACGACCACGAUGCAGAGCUAUUCAGUUUAGAGGGAUACCGUUACGUCACCUUUACAGGAUUUUUACUAUUCUGAUUUAGUCCUUCACUACUAAACGAGCUGAAAAUAUCUGUAUAUUUCAACA